UUUUUUUUUUCGUAUUUUUUUUUUAACCCGAUAAAUGGCUGAUAAUAGACAAGAAAUAGCAACCUUAAUAGACGAAGUAGCUGAACAAAGAAAGGCUCAAUUCAAGGAAUUCCUUUCUCAUGAAGAUCAUCAAGGCAUUUCCGAGAAAGGCGCAUAUCGGGACCUGAUCCCAUCUAUGCUUGCCAAUGGCCAACGUAGACUUGUUGUCAGUAUUGAUGCUCUUCGCUAUUAUAAUAGAGAAUUAGCCAAUGAUCUCUUGACCAAUCCCUCAGAGUGCUUACCUGCCUUUGACAAAGCCUUGAAAGAACUGGUUGAAGCAGUUGGUGAUAAGGAACAACACGACUUUAACAAGCCAUUCUAUGUUGGAUUUAAGGGUAGUUUUGGUGAUCACCAUGUGAACCCUCGUACCUUACGAGCAAUGUAUUUGGGAAAGAUGGUGUGCAUCGAAGGUAUCGUCACUCGUUGUUCUUUAGUUCGACCUAAGGUGCUCAAAUCCGUCCACUUUAACCCCAAGAAUAACCGACACUUUAUGCGAGAAUACAGCGACGCGACUACGCCCGGAAACUCAAUUCCCACCGGUGCAGUGUAUCCCAAGGAAGACGAAGACGGUAAUGCACUGAUUACCGAAUUUGGAUACAGUACAUACCGUGAUCACCAGACAUUGAGUAUUCAGGAAAUGCCCGAACGCGCUCCUCCUGGACAGCUUCCUCGAUCAGUAGAUGUCAUCCUGGAUGAUGAUCUCGUUGACCGAGCCAAGCCGGGUGACCGUGUGAGCAUUGUUGGUAUCUACCGUUCACUUGGUAACCGAAAUGCCAAUCAGACAAGCUCUACCUUCAAGACAGUUAUCCUCUGUAAUGAAAUCAGUUUGUUAAGUACUAAGGCUGGUGGUGGUAUCGCUGCACCUGUGAUCACGGAUAACGAUAUUGUUCGAAUUACCGAAUUGGCUCGCAAGAAGAACUCGUUUAAGUUGCUCUCUCAAUCCUUGGCACCAUCCAUCUGGGGUCAUGAAUAUAUUAAAAAGGCGGUAUUAUUGAUGUUGCUUGGAGGUGUUGAAAAGAACUUGGAUAACGGUACACAUAUCAGAGGUGAUAUCAAUGUGCUCAUGGUCGGUGACCCAUCGACUGCCAAAUCUCAAAUCUUGAGAUAUGUCUUAAACAUUGCUCCUCUCGCUAUUGCCACCACCGGUCGUGGUUCCUCUGGUGUGGGUUUAACUGCUGCUGUCACAAGCGACAAAGAAACAGGCGAAAGAAGACUGGAAGCUGGUGCCAUGGUCCUGGCAGAUCGUGGUGUAGUCUGUAUUGAUGAAUUCGACAAGAUGAGUGAUAUUGAUCGUGUUGCAAUUCACGAAGUAAUGGAACAACAGACAGUGACUAUUGCUAAGGCUGGUAUUCAUACCACCUUGAACGCUCGUUGCAGUGUUAUUGCUGCUGCUAAUCCUAUUUAUGGCAUGUAUGAUCUGACAAAGGAUCCUACUAGAAACAUUGCUUUACCUGAUUCUCUGUUGUCACGUUUCGACUUGCUGUUUAUCGUGACUGACACAGUUGAUGAGGUACGUGACAGACAGAUUUCAGAGCAUGUGUUGAGCAUGCACAGAUAUAUCAAACCCGGAACAGAAGAAGGCACUCCCAUUACUGAAGCAGUUGAUGAUAUCAUUGGUGACGAACUGGGUGAUUCGUUGGCUGAGGAUGAUGAAAUAUAUGAAAAGUUCAAUCCUGCUCUGCAUGCUGGUGUAUCAAAGAGAAAUCAAAACAAGAUUCUUAAAUCAAGUUUUGUCAAAAAAUAUAUUUACUAUGUAAAGAAUAGAGUGCAACCUGUGCUGACAAAGCGUGCGACCGAUAGAAUCAUUAACGUGUACACAUCAUUAAGAAACGAUAAGGAAGACGAUUCAAAUAGGAAAAAGACUGCUCCUAUCACAGCUCGUACAUUAGAAACGCUGAUUCGUUUAUCUACUGCACAUGCCAAGGCUAGAUUGAGCGAGACAGUAGAUGAUAGAGACGCGAAAGCAGCAGCAGAAGUAUUACGAUAUGCCAUGUUCCAAGAAGUUAUCAAGCCAAAGAAGGCUAAGCGUAGAAAGAUGGUGGAAAGCGAUGAUGAAGAAUCUGACGAAGAUGAAGAAGAAAUUGAAGAAGAACCCACAGCUAUGGAAGAAGAUGUUGAGAUGGAAGAAACACAGACAACUGUUGACGUUGAUCAUGAGAUGGAAGGAGAUGGACAAGCAGACAGUAUUAAGCCUCAAAGAUUGGCAUUAUUCAGAGAAAGACUUAACCAUCUCUUUAAUCAGCAAGCCAAUGAUGGCCUUGACAGUCAAACGUUUGACUCCGUAUUUAUGGCCAUCAAUAACGGACUAUCAUCAAGAGAAGCAUUUAGCUUGACAGAAACAGAAGCAGCACUAGUAGAAAUGUCAAACCAGAAUCAAAUCAUGUACAGUGAUGGUGUCAUUUAUCGUAUCUAAGAGCAUCUUUGUAUACACACACAUAUACAUAUAUAUAUAUAUACUUUUUUAAUUGUAGACUUAAGAACAAAAGAGAGAAGCAAAUAAAUUGAAGC